AUGGCCCUCCUGCCCUCUCUCUUGACGGCCCUGGUGGUGAUCAGCUAUGGUCCUGGUGGAGCUCUGGGCUGUGACCUGCCUCAGAACCACAUCCUGGUUAGCAGGAAGAACUUCGUGCUUCUGGGCCAAAUGAGCAGAAUCUCCUCCGCAAUCUGUCUGAAGGACAGAAAAGACUUCAGGUUCCCCCAGGACAUGGCGGAUGGCAGGCAGUUCCCAGAGGCCCAGGCCACGUCUGUCCUCCACGAGAUGCUCCAGCAGAUCUUCAGCCUCUUCCACACAGAGCGCUCGUCUGCUGCCUGGAACACGACCCUCCUGGACGAACUCUGCACGGGACUCCUUCGGCAGCUGGAAGACCUGGACACCUGUUUGGAGCAGGAGAUGGGAGAGGAAGAAUCUGCCCUGGGACCUGUGCGCCCUACACUGGCCCUGAAGAGGUACUUCCGGGGGAUCCAUCUCUACCUGAAAGAGAAGAAAUACAGUGACUGUGCCUGGGAGAUUGUCCGAAUGGAAAUCAUGAGAUCCUUCUCUUCAUCAGCAAACCUGCAAGAAAGGUUAAGAAUGAAGGAUGGAGACCUGGGCUCACCUUGA